GAGCUCGGGGUUUUGCGCUAGCGAGAGAUGAAAUGUGCUUUGCUUUGCUUGUGUUGAAUUAUAAUCGAGGCGCACCUUGUUUUGAGCGACGCGUCAGGAAGCGCAACCGCAGGAGCAUUUUGGGGGAUUUUUGCGGUUUGUUUGUCUUUAUACACACCGGAUUAAGUGCUGAAAUCAAUGUUUUAAAGUUGCACACUAGUCUGUCGACUGCGGAAGGGCCUGUGUGUGUGUGUGGGGAGUUUGUUUCUCCUCUUCUCUUCCCCUCCCCCAUCAAUUACUGUGCUGUUGGAGACUCCGAGGCCAGAGACAUGAAUGCAGUGAAUGUGGGGCUCAGUGGCUCACUUCAAAGCGCCCGGGAGCGGGGAGGGGAGCGCGGGCAGAGCUGUAAUGUCGUCGGGGAAAAGAGCAACAAAGUAUCGGGAGUCUUUUAAGGAAAUAAAACCAGUCAUAAACCCCUGGACGUCCUGCUGUCCAUCUGUCUCACACUCGCUCUGGAGCUGGAAGUGUUUCUACAUUGCGCUUAAACGCGUGUUUUAACAGCCUUCACUAUCUUCCUGCACACAAUCCUAAAGAAUCAGAUCAACUUAACGAGCUAGCCUAGCCUAGCAUAGCAUAGCCUAGCAUAGCUUAGCUUAGCCGUGUUAGCCAGAUCUUAGCAGCAACCUUCUCGGCUUGUCGGCAGAGGUAGCAGCUUGGCUCAUUUUUAUUUUUACAUCUUUUUAGACUUCAUCCUUGUCCAAACUACUCUCCACAGAAAUGCUAAUAAGUUCUCUAAGAUGAUCUCAAGCUACCUUGUUUUGUUUGUAGCUAACUGGGCUAGCAAGCCUGCUAGCUAGUUUAGCACCUGGAAUUCAAACACUUAUUUUAUCGUUUGAACAGUUAUAAUCCUGCUUCGAGCAAAAAGAAAAAAUGUUUAUCUAUGUAUCUUGAAUUUAUAUAAAAAUAAAAAUGUUAUAGAACAAAUUACACGCCUUUAGCUUUGGGGAUUUUGUUGCUGAGAAGGCUAGGUCAUUUGAAGUUUGUUUGUUUUUACUCUUUGGAAGUUUUAUAGCCUGACUUGAUAUGAUACCGAGUCUUGUUUUAGGACGGAUGAGGUUUAUGAGAAGGCUUUCUGAGUUUUGCAGGGAGAGAGAGAGAGAGAGAGGUGCAGUAGUUUGAAAGUAGAGGAAAGCUUGAAUAUCAGAUAAUGAGCUGAGCUCUUUGAACCCAUGCUUCAGAGAUCAGACAGAGAUAUAACCAUGGUGAGGUGUGUGAAGACGGUUUAAAGCUUCAGGACGGUCACAGUUAGAACAGUGUGUGUUCUGUCUUCUCGAGAGCUAAUAUCUAAUCUUCCUGAGGUGCAGUUAAACAGUUCUAUUUAAUAAGAGAACAUCACUACUGUUAAGGUGUGCGCUUCAGACAGCUACGUACGUAAGCAAACUCGAACUUUACUGUUACACGUUUUGUUUUCUGAUCAGUUCUGGAUGUUGCCACGUUACACAAAAACUGUAAUCUCUGUGUACAUGCUGCUGGAGACAAGGAACCAAGCUCAAGGAGGAAUUAUUUCACAGUGGCAUUAGUGGAAAUCUGGCUCUGAUUGUUCCGGAGUGUGGGCUGAGCUGGGAUCGGGUGCAUGGACGUAGUAAGGAUGAGUGUGAAAGAGAAGGCUUACCUGGCGGACCUUGGGGGCAGCUUCACUGAGGAUGCGCCCCGUCCUCCAGUCCCGGGUGAGGAGGGUGAACUGGUGUCUGGUGAUGUGCGCCCAUACAGCUUGGGCUUCUACUCCAUCAAGAGCGAGAGUGUCAGGUGUGAGACCUCCAUAGCUACGCCGAGACGGCCCGACCUGGACCUGGGCUACGAGCCUGAAGGCAGCGCCUCACCCACGCCGCCCUAUCUGAAAUGGGCAGAGUCGCUGCAUUCGCUGCUGGAUGAUCAGGAUGGAAUCCAGUUAUUUCGCAACUUCCUCAAGCAGGAGGACUGCGCCGACGUGCUGGAUUUCUGGUUUGCGUGCAGCGGCUUCCGUAAGCAGGACACUGGUGAGGGGAAUGAGGAGAAGAAGCUGAAGCUGGCAAAGGCCAUCUACAAGAAGUACAUCCUGGACAGCAACGGCAUCGUGUCGCGACAGAUCAAACCAGCCACCAAGAGCUUCAUCAAGGACUGUGUGAUGAAGCUGCACAUCGACCCGGCCAUGUUCGACCAGGCCCAGACGGAGAUUCAGGCCGUAAUGGAGGAGAACACGUACCCUUUGUUCCUCAAAUCUGACAUUUAUUUGGAAUACACCAGGACAGGCGGCGAGAGCCCCAAGCUUUACAGCGAUCAGAGCUCUGGGUCAGGGAAUGGGAAGGUGCUGCCCGCCUACUUGCCGACAUUGAAUGAGGACGAAGAGUGGAGGUGCGAACAAGAAACUGAGGAACACAGCGAGAGCAAUCCGACUCCCAGCAAGCGGCUCACGCAGAAGCUUCUCUUGGAGACGGUGCCGCAACGGACAGCGAGCAGUAAGAGAUACCAGGACGGCCGUGAGUACAGACACGGGUCGUGGAAGGAGCCGUUCAACCCUUACUACGUCAACACUGGCUACGCGAUGGCACCGGCCACCAGUGCCAAUGACAGCGAACAGCAGAGCAUGUCCAGUGACGCAGAUACCCUCUCCCUAACAGAUAGCAGUGUAGAUGGAGUUCCUCCUUAUAGAUACCGUAAACAAUCUCGACGCGAGAUGCACGAAAGUGCCAAAGCUAAUGGGCGAGUGCCACUACCUCAUAUUCCUCGCACAAACCGGAUGCCAAAGGAUAUCCAUGUGGAGCCAGAGAAGUUUGCAGCAGAACUGAUUAAUCGGCUAGAGGCGGUCCUGAGGGAGCGCGAGGCCCAGGAGAAACUAGAAGAGCGCCUCAAGAGGGUGCGGCUGGAGGAGGAAGGAGAUGACGCCGAUGUGUCCACAGCUCCAUCUCUGGCGAGCCACAGGCUGCCCCCUGCUGUGCAUGUGCAGCACUACUCGGCACGCUAUUCAGACACUGCCUACAGUGGGUUGGGGCUGCGCGAUGCGCACGAGGAGAACCCUGAGAGCAUCCUAGAUGAGCACGUACAGCGCGUCAUGAAGACACCUGGCUGUCAGUCACCCAAGUCUCGAUCACCUGAUGGCCUUCCUGCGACCAAGAUGCCUGGGCAUAUUGCCCAGCUACCUGGUGGCCAAGGAAAACACCAAGCAAGGCUGGGAACCAAGGGUGAGCCGGGACAUGUUUACCACCACAAGCAUACACAUCACACACACCACACUGAGGGAGAAGGCAUGAGGCCGUGGAACAUGGAUCCGCACCAUUAUGGCUCCAAGACAAGGAAUUACUCAGAUGGCACCAAUGCUAUGGAACCCAUAGGAUAUAGCAGUAAAGGUGCUACAGUGUCAAAGCGGCCAUACAAGAAAGUUGAGGAACUGCGCAAUUUUGAGAUGCGAGAAACCGUUCCAGAGGAGCUGGACAGAAACCAAAAGAUCUUGCAGUGGAUGAUGGAGGGAGAGAAGGAGGCAGGGCGCUACAAAAAGAGCCCCUAUGGGAGCCUCUCAGGCUCAAAGAAGGCACAGGGUCACGAGUCGGGCAGGCCGAGCUCAGUAGAGCGGCCAGGGGCUGUGCACCCGUGGGUGAGCGCGCAGCUCCGGAACAACGUGCUGCCUUCACACCCCUUCAUCCAGGAUCCCACCAUGCCCCCGAACCCAGCACCCAACCCCCUUACGCAACUGGAAGAGGCCCGCAGACGACUUGAGGAAGAAAAGAAAAAAUCUGGAACCCUGCAGACCAAGCCAAGGUAUGUGAUGGAGGUGAUCCAGAGGGGACGCACUGUGGUCCGGCCCGCUGUUUUUCCCACAUUCAACAUGGUGCCUGCCGUGUCCGACACGGAGCUCUCCGAGGCCCAACACAAAGGCAUGAAAAAGCAACAGUGUGAGAACAUUACUGUGGCGUAUUACUUCUGUGGCGAGCCUAUCCCAUACAGGACCUCAGUCAAAGGAAGGAUCGUCACGUUGGGACAGUUCAAGGAGCUGCUUACCAAGAAAGGGAGUUACAGGUAUUAUUUCAAGAAAGUGAGUGAUGAGUUUGACUGUGGUGUGGUGUUUGAGGAGAUACGUGAGGACGAUGCUAUUCUGCCCAUCUUCGAGGAGAAGAUCAUCGGCAAAGUGGAGAAGAUCGACUGAAGAUCAGGGAGGAGGAGGAGACAGCACAGAGAGAUAGCAUGGCCUUUUAGGAGGAAUACUUGGCAGCCAGUAAGGGAAGGGAGCUAAAAGGAGGUGCUGAAGGAUGGUACAGUGUAUGU